AAAACCCUCAUGAACCUCUCCCGAACUCACCGAAGCGGAAAGCAAAAGCUAAGCACAGGUUUGCAUUCUAUUUUGAUCUUAGCAAAGACCAGCUUGAAGAAAGCUUCCGAAGAUGUCUGGUCGUGGUAAGGGCGGUAAGGGUUUAGGAAAAGGAGGAGCGAAGCGUCAUAGGAAGGUGUUGCGAGAUAACAUCCAGGGUAUUACGAAGCCUGCGAUUCGUCGUCUUGCGAGGAGGGGAGGUGUUAAGAGAAUCAGUGGUCUUAUCUAUGAAGAGACUAGGGGUGUUCUCAAGAUCUUCCUUGAGAAUGUUAUUCAAGAUGCUGUGACGUAUACGGAGCACGCAAGGAGGAAGACAGUGACGGCCAUGGAUGUCAUUUAUGCCCUGAAGAGGCAGGGGAGGACUCUCUAUGGAUUCGGCGGUUAAGGAUUUCCUUUCUGCUUUCUAUUGUAUUUUUUGAAAUCAUUGAUGAUUGUAGAUGUCGUUUGUACUUGUUCCUGAAUCUCAAUAUAGUUCAGUUGUUUCUAUGCCA